GUUUCAAUCGUCAGAGCCUCACUUGGCACUGAAGGGCACUGGGCAUUCUCGGCGAAGGAAAUUGCAGACGUCUUCCGAGCUAAAUUUCCCGGUCUUGUGGUGCUGCAGCUGGAACUCUCGCUUCGGCAUUCGGCUGCUACAAGUGAUGUGCCCUUCAUCGACCUGGCACGAGCUCUCAUACAAGCUGAUGUUCGUGUUGAGGUCACAAGUAUUCGGUGCCGACCUCAUCAGUAUGAGUUCCUCCGGGCAGCUCUGACGCAUGCUGGGGCAGCAGUGCAGCAGGUGGAAGAUGAGUGCGACCAGAUGACUUAUCCCUUCUCGCACCCGAGGUUUGAUUGGAACAAGGUUGGCAGCUCUCCAGCGUACUUGAACAUGGUGCUGGAGCGGAAGGAGCACUACUUUGAUGCACUUCGCGAUUACUUCAGCUUCCUGGUCGACCACGCGGCUGGGGAGGCUUGCUACCUGCCAGAGUUGAUUGCGCGGCUCGUAGUGUUCCGACAACAGCUUUGCAGUGCGUCCACCGACAGCAAUCAACAAGCUGCCGACAUGCUGGAUGGCACGAUCGAGGCGUUUCUGGCAGCAGAAGAUGGCCGUCUGGAAGACGAGAGCUAUGACGGUCUGGUCUGUGACUCGUCCCAGCGCUGGUUGGGGCCAGAUGUCUCAGACCGAAGCCGCAGCUACAGCUACGGCUUACUCAUCGGAGAGGCGGCUCUCCGUAAUGGCCGACGAAGCACUGCCCGCAUGAGACAACUGGGCUCAACAACACAACUGGCACAAGGUUCUUUUGAAGAAAGCGCGCCCGAGGCUGCCAACGAAGUGGGUUUCGGGCUGACGGGCUUCGGAGGUCCUGCAGAACAAGAGUUAGCUGAACUGCGAGCCGAAAACAAGCUCUUGCGGCGACAGCUGGAAAACCAUCCAGAGCUUUUCCGCCUUUGCUCAGAGAACAGACUUCUGCGAGAGCAUCUGGCGACUCUCGUCCAACACAAGGCAUCGUCCCACCAGGACGUGGACUUUUACCAAGAGCGUUCGAAAGGUCGACUUGCUAUGGACGGCACACAGGAUGAUCUCGGUGAGAAGGAUAUGUCGUUGGCCCGGACGACGUCGCGACUACUCAGCUCGGGGGAGGACGGCGAAGCGGAGAAUGCGCGCAAGGGUGGAGAAGGCCAGCGCUUGGCCUUGAAGCAGUUUCCAGGCAUUGAGGAAGUGACGCACCUCAGCUCUGACUCUGGUGAGGACUCGGAUGAUUCCAGGAGACAUGAGUCUCGUGAUGCCGGUCCACGAUGUUCCGAGCACGCCGCACAAGGCGCAGAUGUCACCUCCUUCAUCCCAGCCAUGUCACGGCAGGUCCAGGAGCUCUUCCGUGUGAAAAACAGCAUGGAG